UAGAUUAUGUGUACGGUGGAGGCUGCGUUGUGUCAAUUUGUCCAGAGUCAGGUCUGCCUUCAUUGCGAAGCGCACGGGACAAUGGAACGCUGUUUUAGUUUUGGAGAUUACUUUAUGUGUUUUCUAAAGGAAAACUAAAAACGGGAAAGCUCUCAAACAGCGGGCGGACAGUUACAGAUGUGGAGGGUCAUAUUUUCCUGCGACAAGGUCUACAUUAUAUUUAGUGUUGAACGCUGACGGUGUCCUUUACUUUGGCUUCUGAUGAGUUCCAGAGAGUUGGAUUGCUGUACCAAGGAAGCAGAGUGCAGUUCUGAAGACCAUGCAGAUGAGUGGGAUUCCAAACUAUUGCAGAGUGCAGUUCUGAAGUCCAUGCAGAUGAGUGGGAUUCCAAACUAUUGCAGAGUGCAGUUCUGAAGACCAUGCAGAUGAGUGGGAUUCCAAACUAUUGCAGAGUGCAGUUCUGAAGACCAUGCAGAUGAGUGGGAUUCCAAACUAUUGCAGAGUGCAGUUCUGAAGAUCAUGCAGAUGAGUGGGAUUCCAAACCUUUCCAGAGUUAACUGUUCAAUUGAUUAAAAUGGGUAACUCUGAAAGCCAAUACAGAGUUCAGGGGUGUAAAAGCCGUCGCCUCAUUGUGCCUGGCAAGCAGAAGCCUUGCUCCCUAAGAGUUCGAAGUGUCCAUGCCAAAGAUGAACAGUCUCGCUCUGCACACAGCUGGGGCCACGCUUCCAGUUACAAGACUCGAACGCAGGCCAGAAGCUGCCUUUCACAGCACAAAAGUAGCCAGCCAUACUCCGCCCGCCACUACGACUACGUGACCAAGGGCAGUAAUAACAGUGCCAAUGGCAAGCCUAGAGACUGCAACCCUGAGCAUAACUUAACGUUUGUGCCUGAGAGCGGCUUCUUCUGUGCUGGGUACGACACGCAGAGCAGCCACAGCACAGUCGCUGAGUGCAAUGGCCAUGUUGAAAAUGAGAAGGAGUCCCUGUCGGACGCAGUGGAAGACAAAAGCAGUCCAAAGGUGCUCAUUAAAACGCUGGGGAAGUUUGAUGGAAGCCUGAGGGUGGAGUUCACCAACAGUAACAACAACAACAGACUCCCCAUUUACGACUGUGAUGAACCGGUCCAACUGUUAAAAUACUCCCCUACUCUCGAGUCAACACCCAAUAGUUCAGGUAUCUCAAGAAGGCAGAGCCCUAGCCCUGGAGACUCUGGGCUCAGAACCAGUAAGGGAAGCUCCUUCAGCUCUGAGAGUUCAUGGUAUGAUGCUCCUUUUGGGAACGGCGCUGCUGAUUUUAACGACAUGGAGCACCCCAACUCCUCCAGCAGGACUGCAGACACAAGGCUGGGAGAUGUCCUACAGAACCAGCAGAGAUUGUUUGAACAGCGGGCAUCUCCUAUAUCCCUACAGGAUCUCUAUAGGGAUGCAAGCAUUGCAUCCGCCUUUCCAGCAGAGAAGGGUCUUUCACCGGAGUCCCUGAAUGCCCCGAGAAGUAAGAAGCGGGCAUCGCUAGCCCCGGAUGUGGAGGUGGUGUCUGACUCGGAGGGUCUGGGCAGCAUGCAGUACUCCUCCUACACGCUGCCUUGUCGUAAGUCCAAGCCCGUUGUGGAGGGCAGUGCCAAGAGAGACACCCUGAAGAGCAGAAUGAGGCUCAUCAGUGACUGGACUGGAAGCCUGACCAGAAAGAAGAGAAAGCUGCAGGAACCGAAGUAUAAGGAGGCGAGCGAGUUCUUUGACAGUGGGAUCGAUGGUUUCACUACAGACGCCAGCUCUCCCUCCCAGGUGUCCAGCUUGCUGUGGCCCCCCAGCGCAGGCCCCACCCUGCCGCUGCGCAGUGAGUCCAGCCACGCCCUUCACAGCGACGCCCUGCGGCAAAAUAUCUACGAGAACUUCAUGAGGGAGCUGGAGACGGGGCGCUGCAGCAGCGAGACAGAGACGGAGACGAGCAGCGACUCUCUGGGCUCCCGGGAGCAGCUGGACCUGCUCUUCCAGAAGGAGCAGGGGGUGGUGCGCAAAGCCGGCUGGCUCUUCUUCAAGCCCCUCGUCACUCUGCACAAGGACAAGAAGCUGGAGCUGGCCCCGCGACGCAAGUGGAAGCAGUACUGGGUGACUCUGAAAGGCUGUACCCUGCUGUUUUAUGAAACCUAUGGGAAGAAUUCCAUGGAGCAAGACUUUUCCCCACGCUACGCCCUCUUUGCUGAAGACAGCAUAGUGCAGUCUGUUCCCGAGCACCCGAAGAAAGAGAACGUCUUCUGCCUUAGCAAUACCUUCGGAGAUGCCUACUUCUUUCAGGCUACAAGCCAAACAGACUUGGAAAACUGGGUGACUGCGAUUCAUUCUGCCAGCGCCUCCUUGUUUGCAAAGAAACAAGGAAAAGAGGAGACGGUGCGACUGCUGAGGAGCCAGACGAGGGGCCUCGUCCAGAAGAUUGACAUGGACAGCAAGAUGAGAAAAAUGGGAGAGCUGCAGCUUGCCACUGUGAGGGACCCAAAGAACAGGAAAGCCAUUGAGAACCAGAUCCAGCAGUGGGAGCAGAACCUGGAGAAGUUCAACGUGGAUUUGUUCCGGAUGCGCUGCUACUUGGCCAGUCUGCAAGGAGGAGAGCUACCCAACCCCGAGAGCCUCCUCGCAGCGGCCAGCCGCCCUUCCAAACUGGCUCUCAGCAGGCUGGGCAUCUUUUCAGUGUCCUCCUUCCAUGCUUUGAUCUGCUCCAGAGAUGAAUCUACCCUGAGGAAGCGCUCCCUGUCUCACACAAUGAGGGGUAAGAAGGGGCUCUUCUCCUCCCUCAAAGGGCUGGACAGUCUGGCCAAACGAGGAAAAGAAAAGAGAGCUUCUGUGUCCCAGAUUUUUGAAAGCAAUGGCCAAAUAACCCACAUUCCUUUGAACCCAAGCAGUUGUGAGAGAAUUGAUGGCACAGCUAACAUCUACUCAGCAGCACCACCUGGAGGCAGUCAUUGGGAAAGCUGUUUUGACACUUCGGCCUGUGUGUAUUUACCUGACACCCAGGGAGUAACUGUGACCGUUCAUCAGGAUCUUAGGGUUGAAGAUGUGCUGAACUUGGUGUGCAAGACGAAGCUGCUGGACCCAGCCCAGUACUGUCUGCGUCUUCGAAGAACAGUGGGAGGCAAUGUGGAGCUCAGCACGCCAGCCUCCAACGAGUACUUGCAAGGACUGAUUUAUGAUGAAUUAGAAGUCUUUCCCUUGAAUGUUUUUCAUUUGCACCUGUUAAGGACCGGGACUACAGUUGAUUUUGGCUUUGCAGUAACAGGUCACGUUGAUGGGCAGCGAAACAGCCGCAUAUUUGUGAGUGAAGUGCUUCCAGAUGGAGUGGCUUACUGUGAAGGAUUGAGAGCCGGGGAUGAGAUCCUCAGUGUGAAUGAGAAGACUGUGUCGACCCUUGACCUUGGCCUCAUGGAGCCCUUGUUCAGCCAGCAGAGCCUGAUGUUGACUCUCAGGAGGGAUUUGCUGGGCCUGCCUUCACAGUUACCUCCUCCCAGCCAGUCUGAGCUUCUAGAAGAGUUUCUGGACAAAUAUCCAAAGCAGGCAUCAGCUGAUGUUGCUGAUGUUCCCGAUAUACCCAGCAGUGUUAUAAGAAGUGCUCCUGAUGAUUCCCUGGAGCUGCAGCUGCCGAGAGAGAAGACAGGAAACCAUCCAAGGAGUCCAGACCCUGGGAGCACCCUGUACCAGAGCUUCCAGGAGGUUACAGCAGGUGUGAUGGAGGGGCAGAAGGAGGGGACUGAUCCCCCUCUCAGGCAUGGCACUGGCCACAUGUCUGUCACAGAGAGGCUCAGGAAAGUCAUUCAGGAGCUGGUGGACACAGAGAAAUCCUAUGUGAAGGAUUUGAGCUGCCUCUUUGAAAUUUACCUGAAACCCCUACAGAACGAGACCUUCCUCACUCAAGAUGAGAUGGAGUCCCUGUUUGGGAGUCUUCCUGAAAUGCUGGAUUUCCAGAAGGUGUUCCUCCAGACGCUGGAAGAGAGAAUCGCUUCCUCGCCUGAUUUCAGCACCCUGGAAACUCCAUUCCAGUUCAAGAAGUUGCUGUUUUCCCUUGGAGGCUCCUUUCUGUACUAUGCUGACCACUUCAAGCUUUACAGUGGAUUCUGUGCAAACCACAUCAAGGUUCAGAAAGUGCUUGAAAGAGCUAAAACAGACCGAGCUUUUAAGGAGUUUCUUGGCGCCAGGAACCCGACCAAGCAGCACUCGUCGACAUUGGAGUCGUACCUCAUCAAGCCAGUGCAGCGAGUCCUGAAGUACCCUCUGCUGCUGCGGGAGCUGGUGUCUCUGACAGACGCAGAGAGCGAGGAGCACUAUCACCUGACAGAAGCAUUUAAGGCCAUGGAGAAGGUGGCCAGCCACAUCAAUGAGAUGCAGAAAAUCUAUGAGGGUUACGGAACAGUGUUUGACCAGCUAGUUGCAGAACAAAGUGGAAGUGAAAAAGAGGUCACUGAGAUUUCCAUGGGAGAAUUCCUCAUGCAUUCCUCUGUAAUCUGGCUCAACCCUUUCCCGUCUCUGGGUCGGAUGAGAAAGGAUCCCACAAUCACUGUAUUUGUUUUUAAGAAAGCUGUGAUCUUGGUGUACAGAGAGAGCAGCAAAAUGAAAAAGAAAAUACAAGCUAACUCUCGAGCUGCAUACAUCCACGGGGAUAUGGAGCCAUUUAAAUUCCGCUGGCUUAUUCCUUUAUCCGCUCUUCAGGUGCGGCUGGGGAAUGCAGCAGGAACAGACACCAACUGCAUUUGGGAAUUGAUUCACACAAAAUCUGAAAUUGAGGGAAGACCUGAAAGUGUAUUUCAGCUGUGCAGCAGUGUACCUGAAAGCAAGGCACAUAUAAUUAAGGUUAUUCGCUCAAUUCUGAGGGAGAACGUCCGGCGACACCUGAGAUGUGAGAUUCCUCUGGAGAAGAUCUGUAAAGAGCGCCUCGAUCCAUUACGAAACACAAUGCCGCUGUCAGCCAGGAUCGGUUCUUCGAGGGCCUCCUGGUUAUGCAAGCUGCCAUCCAUUGACAUGGCCUCCUACAAUGAAGAACUCUUAAAGGCAACCCUGCUGGAUUUGGAUGAGGGGAGUCACAGUAGUGGCACUCAGAGCAGCGGCUGCCGCGUAGCAGAGAGCAUGCUGGAUAACCACCCACGCACCGGCCGGGACACAGCGAGCAUGCUGGAUAACCACCCACGCACCGGCCGGGACACAGCGAGCAUGCUGGAUAACCACCCACGCACCGGCCGGGACACAGCGAGCAUGCUGGAUAACCACCCACGCACCGGCCGGGACACAGCAAGCAUGCUGGAUAACCACCCACGCACCGGCCGGGACACAGCGAGCAUGCUGGAUAACCACCCACCCACCGGCCGGGACACAGCGAGCAUGCUGGAUAACCAGCCGCCCACCGGCCGGGACACAGCAAGCAUGCUGGAUAACCAGCCGCCCACCAGCAGGGACAGAGUGAGCAUGCCGGACUCCCAGCCGCCCACCAGCAGGGACAGAGCGAGCAUGCUGGACUCCCAGACUCUGCGGCCGGGCACCAUGGAGGACAACACUGUCAAGGAAUCGGACAUUCUGAGUGACAAGACUGGUAAAGAGUCUCCAACCAACGACAUUGAGGUCCAGUUUCAGAGGCUGAAGCUUUCCGAGGACUCCAGUGCAGACAGACAGCUAGCACCCUGUGUUCAGCCUGAGGCUGAAGAACUGGACGUGCCGGAGAAGCACCCCAUGCUGGUGCGGGGACACUACUGUCCCAUCAAACGCAAAGGAAACAGUCUGAAAAGGAACAAGGGGGUGUUGUUAGCUAUGAAGGAACACAGCAGAUCUCUGGACAGCCAGUCAGAAGCAGCCAGCUUGGAUCUCAAUGCCCUCCUGGAAAGGGAGUUUAGUGUUCAGAGUCUGGCCUCGGUCGUCAAUGAAGACUGUUUUUAUGAAACGUCAGACAGUGAUGAAAAGCCCGUCUUCCCUUCGCUAUAGAGUUUAUCCCAUUUUACAUUAACCUAAGCACUGAGGCCAAGUCCAUUUUCUUUUGAGAGAGACUUUGAUGGUUUCUGAAAUAAGGACAUUUCUUUCUCUCUGUUUGAUACAAGGAUGCAAAUUGUUCUUGAUGAGAAUCCUUUGCUGUAUCUGUGCACGAAGUACACAUUUUGCCUAAAUUGUUUUGUUAUUAUUUUGUUUAAGAAAAUAUUUCCUUUUAUUUAUUAUUGUUUAGUUUUAAUUUAGAAAGCUGUUUCUGGACCAGUAGUUUGUCUUCCCAGUUAAAACAUAUUCCACAAUGAAAAUUGUAUUUAUGUAAAUGUAUAUAACUUUGGGAAGUGUAGAAGUAUUGUGUUUUUUGUAUAAACAUUAUCAAGGUAGUCUGUUUAAUGUUCAAUUUGGGGCUUUCUAGUUAUGGUUGUGAAUUGAAUGAUUAUGUAUUUCUGCAACAGCUCUUUCAGGAUGAUAGAUUUUUAAAGUGACAACUGAAAAUGACUGUACUGUAACUUAAUUUGGAUAGUUUGUAUUCUUGACAUUGUACAGGUAAAAAUAAGAAUUUGGAAUUUGCAAUAAAUACUGUCUAGUAAUAUA